UCAUGUCAGAACAGAGCAGCGGAACCGUUGAUUGGGACUACGAAUCUCUAGGGCUCUCUUAUUCUGUGCCUGUUCACAUGGCUGCUGGUGCCGUAGCUGGGAUGGCAGAGCAUUGUGUUAUGUUCCCUUUGGAUAGUGUGAAGACUCGAAUUCAAUCUCUUUGUCCUUGCCCUGAGUGGGAAUGUCCAACACCUUUUCAUGGAGUUGCUUCAAUUGCGAAAAGAGAAGGGUUUAGAAGGACGCUUCGAGGAAUUAAUGCUGUUGCUUUUGGAUCGAUUCCGGCACAUGCCUUGUAUUUUACCUUUUAUGAAAAAGUCAAGGGCAUGCUAGCUGGAAAUACUUGUGGUCAUUCUAAUACGGUGUCGUAUGCUAUGGCUGGAAUUGUUUACUUUCGGUGGACUUUCUCGAAGUCUUGCAGCAGCAUUAACGACUCCUCUAGAUUGUAUUAA